AUGGCCAGGGGUGAAGGAGAGAGUUCCGACGGGCAUUCGUCUGCUGCCACCAUGCCGACCGUUUUCCGACAGGCCAUCGGCGCCAUCAAGGACCAGACCAGCAUCAGCCUCGCCAAGUUCUCCACGCGCUCCUCCGACAUCGAGGUCGCCAUCCUCAAGGCCACCUCCCACGACGAGGUCCCCAUCGACGAGCGCAACCUAGCCGACGUCCUCCUCCUCUCGGCGGCCUCCCCGUCCUCAGCUGCCACCUGCUUGCAGAUCCUCUCCCGCCGUAUCUCGCGCACCAGUAACUGGGUAGUCGCCCUCAAGUCCCUCGUCAUCGUGUUCCGCUUGCUCUGCAACGGCGGCUCCCAGUUCAUCCACGAAGCCCUCGCGGCUGGCGCCAGCUCCCGCCGCCUUCUCGACCUCUCCGCCUUCCGCGACCACUCCGCCGCCUCCAGUCCCUGGGACUACUCCGCCUUCGUCCGCACCUUCGCGGUCUACCUCGAUGCCCGCCUCGAGUCGGCUCUCCUCGGCAAGCUCAGCAACCUCAGGCGCCGUCCCUUCAUGCCCGCCGACGUCUUCGCCAACAUGAGGACCCCGUUGAUCUUCGGACACAUCGAACACUGGCAAAGGCUUCUCGACCGCGCGGUGGGCACACGACCGACCGGCCCCGCCAAGACCAACCGCCUGGUCCAGAUCGCGCUCUUCUUGGUCGUCUGUGAGACGUUCAGCCUCUACCACGACAUUUCCAACGGGCUGUCGAUGUUGCUCGACAAUUUCUUCCAUCUGCAGCCUGAAUCACGUCUCCAGACGUUGCAUGCAUGCAUGAAGGCACGUAAGCAAUUUGAAGAGCUCGAUUCCUUCUACGAUCUCUGCAAAAAGAUCGGGGUCGGGAGGAUGUCCGAGUACCCGUGCGUCCAAAAAAUCUCAGUAUCCCUGCUGAAAGCAUUGGAAGAUUUCCUCGAGAACGCGGCCCCGAAUUCACUCGGGACGUCUCCGAUCACCAAGCCAAAGAAUCCUCUCAAGCUGAAGCAGAAGUUGAAGGAUCAGCAAUCGGAUAUGACGGGAGGUGGCAGCGCAUCGACGGGGGAGACGAUAAGCGACGGGGAAACAGCAAUGUCCGACCACCAAGACUGGCAGAUUCAAGCGACCUCAACCAGCAGCAGCAGCAGCAAUGGAGAAAUUUGCAUGGUUAACCGUCUACACCUGCUGGAUGAUAAACCAAAGACAUCAAACGACUCGUCUGUCAUGACAGCCAGCGUUAAUCCUGUCCAAGGACCACGGCCCGUGAUGCCAUCAAAGAGCUCGCUCAGCUGGGACAAUGCAGGUCAACCUGAGAGCUUUCACAAUCCAUUUCUCCAUAGUGAUGACGAUAGAGGCUUAGUGAUGAAAUCGCCAUCACCACCAACCUUGCUUCCACCUCCAAAGUUUUGCGGGAACAAAGCAAACAAAGAAUUAGUAUGUGAAGAGAAGGACGGUGCCCAGCCGUCAACUUCAGCGGCGCAGGGAACAGAUGCUUCGAUGAGGCAGCAACAUAUGUGGAUGCAGCAGCAGAGCAAUUCCAUUUCCAACAGAUUGUCAUGUUAA